CACAGUUUGAGCCGAGCUGUUGUGUUGUCACUUUGCACGACCAGCGAUGUGUUAGUGGUGUCUGUUCCUCACACUGCAACUUGAAGAAUAAUGCUUUAAACUGCACUCAUGUCGUCUCUGCUCCGAAAGUAAGCGACACAAAAUCAUGCUCAUCAUCACAAAAGAAAUCUCAAGCUGGGUGCUCAACAAGAGGCCCGAUAACAGUUUUGGAUCAUCACCAUGGAUGAAGUGAAUGUGGGCAGAAAGAAAGCCAGCGCCGCGCAGAGCUGCAGUGACCGAGAGGAAGAAGAGAAACCGUGUGUGUGUUUUCUUAAGCGGAGUUCCGAGUGGGGGAUGUCGGGCAGAAGUGGAGGAGCGCCUCGGGGGUGCAGCAACCCCAGCCUGCAGCCCCUCAGAGCCACAGUCCCGUACCAGCUCCAGAGGGGCUCCGCUCUCCUCUGCCGGGAGGUCAAGACGGCUGACAGGACCACGGCUCGCCCGCCGAAACCCACCAUCCGCCGAACGCUUUCUCUUGACGGAAUUGUCGGACCCUACCUGCAGGGACAGUGGCCCAAAGAGGGAGAGAGCAUGGCUGUUACCUGUGUUAAUGACAAAGCCACACAGACACCAAGUUCCUGGGCAGAAGAGACCAGAGGGAGGAGAAGUGCAGGCAAACACAAACGCUCAGCAUCAUGGGGCAGUGCAGAGCACCUGAGGGAGGUGGCCAAGCUGAGAAACCAGCUGCAGAAGCGUUCCCGCCAUGUCCCUCCCUCAGCAGGGUACGAGCCCCCCCACCAGCGCCUGCCAGCAGGUCAUGCAGCAGGCAUCACUCAGACCAUGCCGCUGAUGCGACUGAACAGAAUCACCCCACGGCUGCGGCGGAGUGUUGAAGGCCUGAACCUGGAGCUGGAGGAAGUGUUUGUUUCUGAGAAACCUGACGAUCAGCACAAGAUUUUGGAUAUCCCGGAUGGCCAUAGGGCCCCUGUCCCUGUCCAGAGAUGCAGCAGUGGCUCUCAGAGUGAGGCCUCUCCAGGGCCCCUGGAUCUGGAUCCUUCCCUCCUCUCGCCUUCCCAGUCUCCCUGUCCUCUAGAUCCAUCGCUGCUGUCCCCUUCAAAUUCCCCCUCUCCAUUGAACCCAUCUUUUCUGUCUCCAUCACAGUCUCCCUGUCCCAUGGGACAGCCAGAGCUACUGGACUCUGAGACACUAUGUUCCGCUCCAUCAACGCCGCUCCCUCUGUUUGCACUGGACCCUCCUCUGCUGCCGCCCUGCUCCUCCGCUACUCGUCCAAACAAAACCUACUCCUUCCGGCGCGAGCCGCCAGAAGGCUCUGAGCGAGAACAAGUGUGCAAGGAUCCAAUGUCUGCCUCUCAGGACAAGCCUUUCCUCCGGCCAUCCUGCCCUGACCCCAAUAAAGUCAACUUCACCCCUCAUGGAGGCUCCGCUUUCUGCCCUGUAAGCCUCCUCAAGCCCCUCCUGCCCUCCAUGGACCUUCUCUUCCGGGGCCUGUCAGUCUCUCCGGUCACAGGCUGCCCAGGUCAGGCUUCUCCUACCAGGCACCUGGGCAUGCAGUAGCCUCUUCUCAGGACUAAAACACACUGCCAGAACAUGCUUACAACUGACUGUAUUUUAAAUGUAACUGCUGUAACGUGCCAUGAUCACUGUGGGUGGAAAAAAAAGGCUUUGUGGCUCACACUAAGUCUGUUUAACUGAUUAUUUCCGCAUGUAGAAUGCUAUGUUUAAGCUGAUAUUUACCUCAUCAGCACUUAUUAUAAGUAUUCCCAUAUGUGGACUAUGGAUUAAGUCAGGGCUGGAGUUCUGGAAAGGCUGAAAACAUUUUUAAGGCUGUUGUUUUUGAUAAAAAACUAAAUAUUCUUUUAGUUGUUGCAUCAGCAGUUCAGACAGAUAUUGCAAUCUGCUAUGGAUGUUUUCAUUUUUAAUAUCAAUAAGUGACUUCAAAGUUAAAAAUAAAAACAAGCACUUACAACACACGAGGAGUUAACUAUCAUUGAUUGUUAGUUAAAGAAUUGUUAAGAUUUUAGAUAAACUUUCACCUUGAUUUUUUUUUAACAAGAACGCAAUAGGGUUCAAGAAAUGUCCGAAAAUCUGUUGGCCCAUAGUUUAAUGGAAGCUGACUUUUCUACAGUUGUACUUCUAGAAAGAGAUAUAUAUUUUUGUAUCUUUUUAAGGAAGCUGGUGAUAUUAUUUUAGUUUUCACUAAAGAAAACCAUUUUUUUCUGUUAAUGCUUUAAUGUUUUACUAGCAAGGAUGUUGGAUUAGCUUUAGUGCCCACAGAGGGCAUUGUUUUAACCAAACCUUUGCAAUUUUGUAAACUUUUCAAGAAUUUUAGUGGGUCAAGUUUUGUGCUUUUGUUCAAUCUGAGCCUCUUUGGAACAUAAGGAAAGGUUGAUUCCCAAUGCUCAAGUUAAUGUUCAAAUGAAUAAACACUGUCUUUCUGUUAGUAUGAUCCUAUGCAAAACUGAUAUAAAAAAAGACAUAUCGUUGAGAAAAAAAGGUAUUAUUGUCAGCCCUUUUUUUGCAGACAUGAUGUCAUGAUGACCAUUUCCUACUUUUAAUAUUUAGUGGUGCUGUUGCCAUUGCGAAUAAAAUAAAAUAAAAAGAUUUUUAGGGACGAUUAAGUCCUUUCUGUA